AUGUCGCCUUCUACUCCUAACGAGAAGGUGCAACUUGCUCGCUACAAAGCGGUCGAAGCCAAGUUCGCCAACCUUUAUGGCGAAAAGCCUCUGCUCAUAGCCAGAGCUCCAGGAAGAGUGAACUUGAUUGGUGAACACAUAGACUAUUGCCACUUUUCGGUCUUGCCUAUGGCCAUCGAGGUCGAUGUGAUUGCGCCGUUCGUGGCAUCUGGCGACUCUUCGGUCACCAUCAACAACACCGACCCAAAGUUCUCCAGUGAAUCGUUUUCUUUCCCAGCAGACGGCUCUGUUGUCGAGAUUGACAAGAACAAUCUCUCGUGGGGAAGCUACUUCAAGUGCAGCGCCAUUGUGGCGCAUAAGUUCAUUCUUGAGAAGUAUGCGCAUCUUUUGGACGGCGGAAAGAAGCCAUUGAAAGGCUUGAAAGCUUUGUUCGAUGGAACCGUUCCUACCGGCGGAGGAUUAUCUUCUUCUGCUGCUUUCUGUAUCUGCGCUACCUUGGCAAUUUUGCAUGUCAAUGGCGUAGAGCAAAUCACCAAAGAAGAUCUCACCAGAAUCACCGUGGUGUGUGAACAUUACGUUGGGUUGAACAACGGUGGAAUGGACCAGUGUGCUUCUGUCAACGGCGAGCCAAACAAGGUCCUUUUGAUUCUGUUCAAGCCUGCGCUCAAAUCAACACCCUUUGAGCUUCCCGAAACAAAGCCAGAGACAAUUUUCUUGAUCACGAACUCGUUGAUCACCGCUAACAAGACUGAAACUGCCCCUAAAAACUACAAUUUACGUGUCGUGGAGGUUGCUGUGGCCGCUGAGUUGAUUGCACGCAAGUUUGGCUUGAAGGUGAGCCCAGACUCUAACUUGGACACUGCCACGUUGAGAGGCUCCUUUCGAUGCGUACUUCACGCAGAAAUUGGGCGAGUCUGCUUGGGACGGGCAGGAUAUUGA